AAUAAGUAAUAACUCCGUUAGGAGUUCCAAGUUCUGAACUUGUAAGUGAGAUAACGUGUCUACCCGUUCGAUUCACCGACAUAUAACAUUCCCGGAUUCCAUCAUGUCCGUGCACGUCAUCCCCAUGGACCCACGGAAUGAGGCUGACCCCGCAAAAACAAACAUCCAUAAACGGCCCAGAUGGACCCUAGAAUAUUGAACACAAAGAAAACUGAAAAAAAAAAAAAGGUCUCUCAUCAAUUUUGUUUCCUUUGUGCCUUGUCUUUGAGAAAAGAAGACAAAGCUUGAUUUGAUUGAUAGGCUAAACGGCAGCCAUGGCAGGAGGCGGAAAGGAGAGAAGAUCAAAUAAAAAAAGCAACAACAACCAUAAUAAAACGAAGAGUAGCAGAGGAAAAUCAAGAACUGAACCCAAACCUUCAUCUACUCGAAUCAGGAGCUCUACUUUUGUGGAGGGUGGUCUUUUAUCAGAUUGGCAGUUUGAUUCUCAAGGUCGAAGGAAUAGAAAUGGGAAAUCAAAUUCUGGGUUGAAUUCUGAUAGAGCAAAGGCUUCUGCUUCUAAAAAUGGAUCAUCAAGGAAGUCUAGUGGGAGUGCUAUACGAUAUGAGUACCAUUCUCUCGAUCUUCAAGAUCCAGAAUCAGGUGUUCAGGCACAUAUGGGAGAUAAUAAAAUGGAUGAGUCACAACCUAUUGUUUUGCUUGAUUCAAAGGAGAAUGAAAUCAUUGCUUACAUGGAUCAAACCACACCUUCAAAGCCUAGUCAUGUAAAUUAUACUUAUGAAUACAGUUCAGAUUUUGUGCUAGGUGAUAGAUCUCAUAGAGGAUUGGGUUUUGAUGAUGAAUCCGAGGCAACCCCCAGUGGAAUUAAGUCAUGUACAAAGCAAAUGGAAGAACAAGAAGGGGAAUGUUCUCAUUUAUCAUCCUCUGAGAAGGAAAUGGAUGCUGGUCAUGGUAAUAAUAGCAAGGUGGAUGCACAGGUGGCUCAACAAUUGUUUUCUGAUGCAUUAUCCCCAAAGAAAAAUUCAGGGUUUUUGUCAAUUGGAGGCAUGAAGUUAUAUACUCAAGAUAUGUCUAAUGAAGAAACUGACGAGGACUAUGAUGGAGAGUCACUAGGUAAUGAAAGCUCCGCGACAACUGAUCAGAAGGAGCAAGAUGGGAGUGAUGCCUCUGAAAUUUUGUCUGAUGAUGAUUCAGAUAUUGAUGAAGAGGUUGCAGAAGAUUACUUAGAAGGAAUUGGUGGGGAAGGUAGUGUUCUAGAUACCAAGUGGUUGGUAGGUCAGGCUUUAGAUGAAUUGGAUGAUGAUAGUUCUUCUAGUAGUUCUUUUGACGAGACAUUAGAGAAGCUGGGUGGGAUUGCUCUCCAAGAUGCAUCUAGUGAAUAUGGCAUGCAGAAGUAUCAGUCAAGAAAGAAAUACUCUGGAGGUUCUAAAGAUGCUUGGUCACCAGCUUUGGAUGAUCUUAUGGUAGUAAAGGAUCCAAGAAGUGUGUCUGCUAAAACAAAGCAUGUUGCCAGGUUUCCUCAGUCUUGGCCUUUACGGGAACAAAAGAGUAAAUAUUCCAGAAAAUUUCCUGGUGAAAAGAAGAAACAUCGCAAGGAAAUGAUUGCUGUGAAGCGUCGUGAAAGAAUGCUUCGUCGGGGUGUUGAUCUUGAGCAAAUAAAUUCGAAAUUAGAGCAGCUUGUUUUGGAUGGGAUCGAUAUGUUUGCUUUUCAACCCAUGCAUCAUCGAGAUUGUUCUCAGGUACGAAGGGUAGCUGCAAUUUACCGCCUGUCUAGCGGAUGCCAUGGUUCUGGCAAGAAAAAGUUUGUUACAGUAACACGCACACAAUACACGUGCUUGCCAUCUUCCAGCGACAAACUUCGCCUGGAAAAGCUAAUAGGAGCAGGCAAUGAGGAUGCAGACUUUGCUGUUAAUGAAGGCUUUAAUAUAAAGGCAUUGGAUGCAGGAAGAACCAGAGUACAAAAGCUUGCUAGAGAGAGUGACUUAAAGAGAGCCAAUUCUGGUAACAUUGGUGAAUCAAGUGAGAAAAGUGGGAAAAAGGUUUCAUAUGCAAGUCAACCUGUCUCAUUUGUAUCAAGUGGCCUUGUGCCAUCAGAAACUGUUGAGGUCAAAGCUAUGGAUUCUGAGGCUACGACAGAAACCUGUGAACACAAGGGUCUCGGCAGCACAUCACAGUUUGGUGCAUUUGAGGUACAUACAAAGGGUUUUGGAUCCAAAAUGAUGGCUAAAAUGGGAUUUGUUGAAGGUGGAGGGUUGGGAAAAGAUGGUCAAGGUGUGGCACAGCCCAUUGAAGUCAUACAGCGGCCUAAAUCACUAGGGUUGGGUGUGAAUUUCACCAACACAAGCAGUGACUCGGAGAGGGUUCAUCAUAAAUCCAGUGGAGCUUCUGACAAUCGUAUCAAAGGUUUUGGUGACAAAUCUUUUGGAGCUUUUGAAAAGCAUACCAAAGGUUUUGGAUCCAAGAUGAUGGCUAAGAUGGGUUUUGUUCAAGGUAUGGGUUUGGGCAAGGAUUCACAAGGCAUUGUCAAUCCUCUAGUCGCUGCUAGGCUCCCAAAAUCACGAGGAUUGGGUGCUAAUCGUUAGACGUCUUGCCUUGAAUGAAUAUACAAAAGUAUAGACGCAGCAAGAUUUGAAUAGAACAGUUUCUUAGGUUAUUCAAUGUAUUUGUAGUUCCUUGUCGUUUAGUAAAUCAUAACAUUCACCUCACUUUCAUGGUACGUUCAAAUAUUUUUACAAGUAAUAAAGCCUCUUGGUUUCUACCGA